AACGAAGAAGAUCGUAAUAACGAAGAGUAUAUUACUGAAUGUGAAAUUGAAGAAGUUAUUAAAAUAGGUCAGAUUUUACCACCGCUUCAACAAAAUAAAAGAAGAAUUGAAACUCAAAAUAGUCAAGAAAAUAAAAAAUAUAAAUUAAAAUUUGAAGAAAAAAUUGUUAAUACAAUAGAUAAUAUUGAAUUAACUAAAGAAAGUAAAGUUAAUAUUAUUAAAGAUGCUAUUUCAAUUUCUGGCAAAU